AUGUCACCACAGUCCGAUCAGAUGUUGACAGCAGACGACCAAGCGUUUAUCUUUGAAGCCACGGGGACGCUGAUUGUCUUUGGAGAACUAGGAGUAGAACAAAAGUCUAUCUAUAUUGGAGAACUAGCCAACAAACUUGGAGAACGUUUCUUGACAGCCGUAACAGAACUGGAAGCAGCAAAAUCAGCUCGCGAUGCCCCAAAAACGCAAGUGAUUCAGCAGUACAUGACAAACAUUGUGGGAUACUGCAGCCGUCUCUCUAAAGCUUUCAAUAACGCGAACUCGAUGCAAUCCUGCAGAUGUGUCGAUAUUUACAUGCGGUUGCUCAAUCUAUUCUUGGGUCAUCUAACGACGGAUAAUUCGUUUUUGUUGGAAUCGGUUCGACAGCUGGCGCAUAGGCUGGUGGUAUGUCUGGAUUCAGAAUUAAUUCCAAUUCUUCCAUCAUUGAUGUCUCAUCUGGCUGCGGUAUCAACAGAUUUGGACAGUAUGAAUCAUCUCUUAAUUCUUAGCCAUCAAAUUGUUGCCAAAUUCAAGAAGGAUUGUUUACGAUCGGGUGUCGAUUUUGGCGCCAUUCUUGCCUCAGCAGCUAGAUUAUCCAUGGAAACUGAACCAACGCCCGCGCUACGUGCUCAAGAUGAGGCUGUCUACCGUAAUCUGAUCUAUGUUCGUCGAGCAUUUUUGCAGCUGUUUUACACAUCGACGACAUCUGAUAUGUUGUCAGAAAUUGCAACUGGUCAGUUGUUUAACUUUAUCUGUUGCCUUACAACGGCGAUAAAGGAAAUAUUUUCUUUUCUUAUAUAAGU